CCCGGUCGUGGCUUCCUAGGCGACCUUGCACCUUCCUCUCCCAGUUUACCAAUAUCGGGACCGGGAGCAGUUGCUCAAUACCAUCAAGCAGUCGCGACAGCAAGCAAGGAUACUACCACUACAAGUGAAUGGUAUCUUAUCGAACGCGUUAACAAUUCAAUAUUCACAACUUGCUUUCCGGCAAAAGAGGGCCCCUUUGCUUCCUGGUCCUCGUGUGACGCCCAGUCAGACCGUGUGCUAUUGAGGAUGACGAAGUCCAAACCCCAUGAAGUCGCUUCGGAAAUCUUCGAAGUCCUACUCCACGAUGCAACCAAGCCUAUUGGGAUGGAUCGCACCCUUCGCCUAACCGGAAUUCAGAUCUCAAGGAAGGGCAGUAAAAUCAUAACCAUGGGGUCUCCUCUGGUUAUCGAGUUCGAAAAGCUCUUCCUGAGACCCCCAUGGAACCGCAUGGAACCGAGAGAACGAGAUAUUCAGAUCGACGACGGGGAUCUGCAAUUCUUAGCAGAGCAAGUUUGGGACUGUCAGGGGAGGGGAUGUGAGAACGGAGACUAA